CGCCGCGCUCGGCCCAGUCUCGCUGAGAGGCCGCGCCGAGGCGAGCGCCGCCGCCCGCCACCCGCACGACACUGUGACUGAUGAGAGUUAAAGGCCAUGGAUGAAGAUGGGCUUGAACUGCAGCCACAUGAGCCAAAUGCAUUUUUUGAUCCAACAGGAGCUGAUGCAGGACAUAUGGAUGGAGAUCAGAUUGUUGUGGAAGUACAGGAAACAGUCUUUGUUUCAGAUGUAGUUGACUCAGAUAUAACCGUGCAUAAUUUUGUACCUGAUGAUCCAGAUUCUGUAGUUAUCCAAGAUGUCAUUGAGGAUGUUGUUAUCGAGGAUGUUCAGUGCCCAGAUAUUAUGGAGGAGCCAGAUGUAUCUGAAACUGUCAUUAUUCCUGAACAAGUGCUGGACGCAGACGUAGCCGAAGAGGUUUCUUUGGCUCAUUGCACUGUCCCAGAUGAUGUUUUAGCUUCUGACAUAACAGCAGAAGCAAUGUCUAUACCAGAACAUGUGCUGACAAGUGAGGCAAUGCAUGUACCUGAAGUUGGACAUGUAGAACAUGUAGUUCAUGAUAAUGUCGAAGAAGCAGAUAUUGUCACUGAUACUCUGGGAACAGAUGUUGUUUCUGAAGAAGUCUUGGUGGCAGACUGUGCAUCAGAGGCAGUGAUUGAUGCCAAUGGAAUCCCCGUGGAACAUCAGGAUGAGAAGGGCAACUGUGAGGAUUACCUUAUGAUUUCCUUGGAUGAUGCUGGUAAGAUAGAACAUGAAGGUUCUGCUGAAAUUACCAUGGAAGCAGAGUCAGAAAGUGGCUCUUGUAAAGUGGAUGGCAUUUGUCCAGAAGUCAUCAAGGUCUAUAUAUUCAAAGCAGACCCUGGAGAAGAUGAUUUAGGUGGCACAGUAGACAUUGUGGAGAGCGAGCCAGAGAAUGACCACGCAGUUGGAUUACUUGAUCAAAAUAGCAGUAUUCGUAUUCCAAGGGAGAAAAUGGUUUACAUGACUGUAAAUGACUCUCAGCAUGAAGAUGAAGACUUAAAUGUUGCAGAAAUAGCUGAUGAGGUUUAUAUGGAAGUGAUUGUAGGAGAGGAGGAUGCAGCAGUGGCACAUGAACAGCAAAUUGAUGACACUGAAAUUAAAACUUUCAUGCCUAUAGCGUGGGCAGCAGCUUAUGGUAAUAACAAUGAUGGCAUUGAAAGUCGGAAUGGCACUGCAAGUGCUCUUUUGCACAUAGAUGAGUCAGCUGGACUUGGGAGACUCGCUAAGCAGAAACCAAAGAAAAGGAGACCUGAAUCCAGACAGUAUCAAACAGCAAUAAUCAUUGGCCCCGAUGGCCAUCCCUUGACAGUCUACCCCUGCAUGAUUUGUGGCAAAAAGUUUAAAUCCAGAGGAUUCUUGAAAAGGCACAUGAAAAACCACCCAGAGCACCUUCUUACUAAGAAGAAAUACAGAUGCACAGACUGUGAUUACACUACGAAUAAGAAACUAAGUUUACAUAACCACUUGGAGAGUCACAAGCUGACCAACAAAACAGAAAAGCUUAUUGAGUGCGAUGAGUGCGGGAAAAGCUUCUCUCACGCAGGAACUUUAUUUACUCACAAGAUGGUGCACAGGGACAAAGGAGUUAACAAAAUGCACAAAUGCAAAUUCUGCGAUUACGAGACAGCAGAACAAGGGUUACUGAGUCACCACCUCCUAGCUGUCCACAGCAAGAACUUUCCCCAUAUUUGCGUGGAGUGCGGCAAAGGAUUUCGCCACCCGUCGGAGCUGAAGAAGCACAUGCGGAUCCACACCGGUGAGAAGCCCUACCAGUGCCAGUACUGUGAGUACCGGUCCGCUGACUCCUCUAACUUGAAAACUCACGUAAAGACUAAACACAGUAAGGAGACGCCGCUCAAGUGCGACAUUUGUUUCCAGACUUUCUCAGAUACCAAAGAGCUACAGCAGCACACGCUUAUGCAUCAAGAAAGUAAAACGCAUCAGUGUUUGCAUUGUGACCAUAAGAGCUCGAACUCGAGCGAUCUGAAACGACACAUAAUUUCAGUCCACACAAAAGACUACCCUCACAAGUGUGAUAUGUGUGACAAAGGCUUUCACAGGCCUUCGGAACUGAAAAAACACGUGGCGGCUCACAAGGGUAAAAAACUGCACCAAUGCAGACAUUGCGACUUUAAGAUUGCAGACCCCUUCAUCCUGAGUCGCCACAUACUCUCAGUUCACACAAAGGAUCUUCCAUUCAGGUGCAAGAGAUGUAGGAAGGGCUUUAGGCAACAGAACGAGCUGAAAAAACACAUGAAAACACACAGUGGCAGGAAAGUUUACCAGUGUGAGUACUGUGAGUAUAGCACUACGGACGCCUCGGGCUUCAAGCGGCACGUUAUUUCCAUUCAUACAAAAGACUACCCCCACCGCUGUGAGUACUGCAAGAAAGGCUUCCGGAGGCCUUCAGAGAAGAACCAGCACAUCAUGCGGCAUCAUAAAGAUGUUGGGCUGCCUUAAAGUCUCUGAAUUUCACAGGCUUACGGCUGGAAUUAUAAAAGGAAUUUUGCCUUUCAGGCAGUUAGCUUAUUUUAAAGCAAACCACCUGCGAUCACACACACACAGACACAUACACACACACACAAAAAAAAAAAACAACAAAAAAAACACAUACUGUGCAUUUGAUUUGUUGCUGUAUAAAAAUAGGAUUAUUGCUUCUAGUUGACUUUUAUACCUUUUGUUCAAUAGCGUGUUCUGAAUUCUAUUCAGUUUGUUUAAUAAAUGAAGAAAAGAUGGCAACAAUAAAGUUGCAUUUAAUAAAGUAAACCCUGUCUCUUACUGAAUUUUUCAACCGUAAUAGCUUAUUUAAGUAUAUUUAUCUUACUGACCUUGUUGAUACUCACAGUGUCCAUGUUAAUGCAGUUUUUGUCGUGAAUUUUAAAAAUACGAAAUUUCUCUUGGUAAAAUUUGUCAGAGGUGUGUAUACAAUGGGGAUUUGUGAUGUGGAAGAUAAAGUCACUAGGGCCCACCUGAUUGUCUUGUUUCGACUAUACAGACUUUGUGGCAGGUUAAUUAUUUUCCGUUUGAGGAGUUACACAUCUAACUUUGUUGUGGAAAACUAUUCUGCGUUUGAAUUUGGGUUUCAGAGGGAAAAAGUUUUAAGAUAAUUGUUGGGGGGCAUUUGUUAUCUUUCUUUGGUGAAUUUAAACAUAUGCUCAUUGGUGAAUUUAAACAUAUGCUCAAAUAUUAUGUUUAUUGUCCUGUGCUUCUUUGUCUUUGAAAGGUUUUGCGUGUUACAAAUGAGUUGGUUUUUUGUUUGGGUUUUUUUUUUUUUCAAUUUACUUCUGUCUUAAUGUUGGAAACAUGAAAUCCUGUUGUUCCAUUUGCAGAAUGAGUAGAUCACAACUUGUCUGUACGUGCUGGUAAACGUACCUCAAACUUAAUGCUCUUAUGUACAUAAGUGUUUCUUUAAAAGAACAGUUUGUUGUUCAAGUCACAUUUUUAUUGUGAGUUGUUUUUAGAAUAAAAUUUAAGACCAAGAGGUGCCUCGAUUUUGGAAACAAGAUAUUUACAGUGGGAGCUUCAGAGGGGGAUGGAGUGGAGCAGAUGCAUUCAUAAGGAGUAAAGGUGUUUUUAAUGUAGAUAUCCCUAGUAAGAAAGGUAACUUAUAGAAACAGAACUGGUUCUAAAUUUAAUUUUUUCCUAAGCCAUUAGCAGCUGUGUUAAGCUGCUGUUUAUUAAUUAGUACAGUAUCCAGAAUUAACCCAGUUCUUUUAAUCUGUUUAUAAACAGCUGGGAGAACAUUACAAUUAUUAUAUGCAAUUUUGCCACCUGAAGACUAUUAUAAAAUAGCGCCAUAUCAUUUGCUAAUUGCAGCAUAAAUGUACCAAGCACUCAGUCAUCUGCGUUAACAACUGUGGAGUGAAAAACCCAAACCCUUUAAUUCCACACCAGAUUUUAAGACCUGGGCCUGCUCCCCUCAUCCAAAUUUCCCCUGAAACCCCUGGCUGGCAGUGGGUUGCAGAAUUAGGACCUGGCUUCCUGCCUGCCAGCUUAGGAUAGAUGUGUAACCAGCAGUUCUCUAAUGGGAAGGGUUCAGAGCCUGGCCCAGCCUUGGCACUUGCUUCAGCAAAACCCCUGUUGAAAUCUAACAAGGGUUUUAGGAAUAGUUUCAGGUUUGGGGCAAUAAAGGGAUGAAGGUUUCCUCUGAGGUGUGCGUCUUCUUCUAAACCUUCUGUAUUCUGUUCUGUUGCCCAGCCCUGUUCUAGUGCUCAGCCUUCCUCUUUUGCUGUAAGAUGUAAUACUUGGUGUUGAGUUGACUGUUCAGGAGAGUCAAAUGCCAUGUUUAAUGUCUGAAUACCACCUUUAUUGUCUAAAUGUGGUGUGUUUUGGUUUUUUUAUUUUUCUUUCGAUGCCUGCUUGACAGUGCCCCCAGGCUUACCCGAUGUGCUCUUGUACAAUAUUGCUACUACCAGGCCGUGGACCUGUAGUGUGUCAUACCUAGAUGUGCUGCACUGUGCCUUCCUUGAAAUCCCCAGUGAAGUCAGUGGGUUUCCUACAUGGCCGUAGCUGUCUGUCUGUUGCCUCAUGAUUGCCAAAUCAGAUGCAGUCAAACCCAGUAGAGAGUUUCCAUUUGCAUCUCCCAGAGUACCCUCCAGUGACUUUUGGGUUGGUUUUUUUCCCCCCCUUCUCUUACAUUCAAGCGUUUUCUAACUGGAAACCUGAAAAGUAUAUGAAAUCUGCAUAAAUUCCUAUAGCAUUGCUGAGGAUUUUAGCCAUUUUGAACUUUAUUUUUUUAAAUAAGCUGAAAGACAAAGAACACAAUUUUACACAUUUUCUUUCUCUUACGUAGCCUGGAAUCAUACACAUUUUUUUUUUUUUUUUUUUUUUUUAAAGCACAAUGUUGAAACUUUUUUUUUAAUUAAGGGUUUGGUCAAGUGGAUUUUGUAAAAUGUAUUUGUCUGUAUAAAGAGAAAAUGAAAUUAUAGUUAUUGUUAAUGUACUGACAUUAGUUACAGGUUAGUUUUAAUUCUUAAUAAAUUUGCUUAGCAAAUGCUAUAAAAUGGAUGUUUCAGUUUAAUGUUUAAAAAAGGUACAGAUUUUUACAAGGACAUAAUAUAAAUUAUUGUUCUGUAGAAAAUACCCUGUUAAAUAUUGUAUACGUCCUUCCCUCUGUACACUUUGUAAAAAAGACAAAAGAAAAAAACAAAAUACAUAGAAUCAUAUAGGGAUGUGUGACAUUAUUGUAAUUGUGUACUUGAUAAUAACGUGAAAAAUAAAAUUCAGAAUAUUUUCCUGUUAA